UGCGCACGCGGGCCCCGUAACAGAGCAACAGGACAGUGGGACAACAAGGGUGCAGGCGAAGAAGAGAGAGAGAGGGGUUGCCGGAGGGGGAGACAAUCCAGAGCUUGAGAUCAGUCUGGAUUUUGCGGUUUAUUUUUUUUCUCCCGACAAAGACACACACUGUCUAAACUGUGUGGCUGGUUGUUAUUAAGAAGCUGCUGUACGAAGGAAAAAUGUAUUUCAUAAAAGGCCCAGUGUUUGUGGUCUUCUCGGGCUCACUGCUGAGCUCAGGAAAUCUUGAGGUGUGACCAGUUUUCAGCCUUCAAAACCAAGAUGAACUGCCCUUGAGGAGGGUGGUCAGAAGGGAAACAUGUUCACGCUCUCCCUCUUGAGCCGGGGACAUGGGAAGUUGGUCCAGAACAAACAGAAGCUAGAAGUCUAUUUUGAACCAGAGGAUUACUUGAACUGGAAGUCCCCAGAAGAUUAUGUCCUGGUCAGCAAACCACAGGAGGAGGGCAGUGUCAACCAGCACACCUGGAGCCUCUUUCUCCCUAAAACCUUCAGUACCAGGAAGGGGGCUCUGAUCCUCUACUCGGAGGGUUUAGCCAUAACAGCAUGGACACUGGAGGAGAGGAGAAAAGGCCCCCACCGCCUCAAAGGCCGCAGGAAGAAGCCGGGUAUUGAGCUGCACACACUUCAGGACCUCAAAAAAGCCAUCCUGGCCUAUGGAAGGAGACAGAGGGAACAGGACAGAGCCUGGCAGCCGUACCUCCAUUUCCGAAGCCAACCAGAGAGCCAGGGCCAACGGCAGAUGCAGCCUGGGUAUUCAGCCAAGAGAUACCUCCGAGGCCUCUUGCGGACAUGGCCCCCUGACACCAUGUACAGGCUCCAAUGUGCAGGGUACAUCAAGGAUUCUGUGCUGCUCCAGGACAGUCAACUUAAUGUACCAAAGAAUCUCAGGCCACAACAGGAUCUUUCAGGUGUACCCCCAAAAUACCAUCUCCUGCCUGUCUUCCCUCCAUUUUGGAUUCAACAAGGAAAAUCUUUUGAACAAGGGCAGCAGGGCCUGGCUGAAGGGGAAGCUGGGGCUAGUGGACGUGUGGACCAGGGCUCCAGAGCCAAGAGCGACGGCAGUCAGGGGAUUCACUUGCCGCAACUCAGGAAGCAGCCAUGGCAGGAAGCUGAAACCCAGGCAGAGGACACAUCAAUAGAGAAUCACUACCGUAUACACACUUCAAAGGAGAGCCACAGUGAAAACAUACAGCAAACCUCCCGAAGGGCCUUUGGGCAUGCCCACAUCGGCCAUUCUUGGCUCCUGAGUGACAAAUCUCAGAUUACGUUCUAUGGAGGGGCCUUUCCCAACAGAAAGGCAGAUCUCAACGACAGACAAGGGAAUAUAAAACUCCAUAAGGGCCGAAGCAGCCACUUGUUCCCGGAGCCUCCUGCUGAAAGAUGCCUUUUCCCUCCUCUAGCACCUGCUACCGGCUCAGAGAAAAACACAGCUGGGGAAGCGAAGAAGAAAAAGGUGUCAAAGGCGCUGACGUUACCCCCUCUCCCAGCGGAACAGCCCAGAGUCCUGGACCCCCUGAGGAGUCCACUUAAAGCCAGUGAAGCUCCAGCAGAGCUCUUCAUCCUCCCUGUGGAGAUUCAUUUCCACACCCAACACCCCCCAAAAGAAAAACCACACCAAAGAGGUGCUCCACACCCUGAGGCAGGACCAGAAACAGAAGAAAAGUCCAGGCCUUUCUGGAAACCUUCCCUGAAGCAUGCAUCCCUAGGAAAGCCAAGGGAGUUAACCGUGCAUCUCCCAGCGGGCACAGGCAGGGACAUGCUCUCACGUCAAGAUGAUGAUGGCCCACCCCAGAAUGUGACCCCACCGCUGUCCCUGAUUAAAGAAAGAAAAAGUCCAGAGAGCCGGAGGGGCCUGGACAGCCCCAGGACAUCAAGCUACAGCAGCUCCAUGGGUCCCUUGGAUAUGAGAAGGCCCGGGGGGGCACUCCCAGCAGAAGGACAAGAAGAUUCCAGAGACCCCACACUGGGACACUUCUCGCCAGGUCCAGAUGAACAAAACAUCUGCCUGUUCCUCCCCGGGCCUACUGAAACCAAAGAGCCUCUUUCAGGUAAAGCCUAUGAAUCUGUCCAUUCAAAUACCAGCCAUGAAGAGGAGGGCUCUAGAAUUCAACGUCCCCUAAAAGCAAACACUGAAUCCAGAACCUAUCUUCUCACGAAUCUUCAUGAAGCCUCACCUUUGACCCGAAAACCAGAGAACCAGGGAGCCCAGCAGUCCUUGGAGGCAGCAGCUCAGAAGACAGGAGAGCCUCAAAGUUGUAUAAAUAAAGGGCUGAUAUGUUCAAACAGAAAAGAAUUUUACACGCGCAAGCUGCACAUCGACAUGACGCCGUUCCUGAAGGAAAAUGGAGACGAGCUAGACGAUCAUGAAGAACCAGGAGAACCCCUCGGAGAGAAUCAUCAGGACGACCAAGACCAUGAGCUGAGGAGUAUGAUCCCUGACCCUCUAAGAGCUUCCCUGGCUGACCAUGACCCUGAUGCAGAUACUGUCCGAAAGACGGGCAGAGACUAUGACGUACGCUGUCUGCCCGGGACACUCCCAAGACACCAGUCCCCAGACAGGCUGGGUCCUGUAGAUGCCUCUCUUCUUCCAAGAGGAUCGGAGGGGAGGACUGAAGCGAGACUGUUCGACCAGCAGGCUCUAGGCGACAUCAGCGAGAUGGAGUUGAUUGGCAAAGCCAAGAGAAAGAAAAGAGCCAGGACAGACAGGUCCAAGGCGCCCAAGGGGAGGAGAGAAGGAAAGGCCCACAGGGAAGCAGAGGCUGCUGUCGGAAAAUCAAAGGAAGCAAAGGCUGAAAAGAAAUCAGAAUUAAUUCCUAAAGAAAAAAAACCAAGAGCCAAAAGGAAAAGUACACAGAAGGAAAGGAAUCUGGAAGUAGCAGAGCUGAGUGGGCCUGAUGUCAUUAACUCUAAGGAAACAGAAGACACUACUGAGAGAGGUUUCUCCCCUGCAGAGUCCGUCGUAGAGGACCCUUGGCUCUCCCACAAGUAUGAUGCUCAGGAGAGCCAAGUGUCCAUAGACAGAAGAUCAUCACCUGCCCAGACCGCACCUGCCAACAGGGGAUCUCAAGAAGAACAAAGUUACGAGGACCCUUCCAAAGCCCUCGUCGCCAAGAGGGAGCAAGAAGGAGCUUCCCGGGACAGGCUGCGAGCGGAGAGGGCCGAGAUGAGGCGCGCAGAGGUGGAGAGGAAGAGAAGGGAACAGGCGGAGCAGCAGCGGCUCCUGGAGGAGCAGCUGGAGAGAGCAGAGAAGAUGCAGGAGGAGCUGGAGCUGGAGCAGCGCGCCCGCGCGGAGGAGAAGCGCCUGAGGAAACAGAGACUCGAAGAAGAACAGCAGCGGCGGGAAGAAGAGGAGAGGAAGCAACAACUCCAGUUGCAGGUGGCCCGGGAGAGGGCCCGGCGGCAGCAGGAGGAGUUCCGGAGGAAACUUCGAGAACUGCAGAGAAGAAAGCAGCAGGAGGAAGCCGAGCGGGCGGAGGCUGAGAAGCAGAGGCAGAAGGAACUGGAAAUGCAGUUAGCAGAGGAAGAAAAACGCCUGCUGGAAAUGGCUGAAGAAGAACGGCUGGAGCACCUGCGGAGGAAACAGGAGGCCGAGGAGAAGGCUCGGCUGGAAGCGGAGGAGAGAAGGCAGCGGGAAGAGGAGGCAGCACGGCUGGCCCUGGAGGCAGCCAUGACGCGAGCACAGGAGGAAGCCAGGCAAAAAGCUGCUUUGGAGAAACAUCUUCAUUUCCAUCAAGAACUCUGUAAGGAAGCCAGUGCCCUUCAGUGGACACAUAACAUUUCCAGAUCGUGGGUCUACUCUUAUUUCCAGUUCCUACAAAUACCCAGACCUUAAGACUAGAAGAAAACCAAAAAGUAAGUUGGGAGGUGGUGACAGAAGUGUUUCUGUAGUGAUGUCCCAUUUCAUCUGGUUUACCUCAACCCACACCUCACAUCACUCUAGGACCUCCAUUCCCACAAACCCUCCCUACCACACAUACUCAAGUAAACUCUUCACUCACCUAAAUCCUUUAUGGUCUCUAGAACCACAUAAAUCCAGAAGCUUUGGUGCCUAAAACUGGCCAAUAAUUUCAUUUCAGUUUGAACUGCAGUAAAUUCAGUUGAGUUUCAAUUAGUAAGACUAACAUCAUCUUAAGAUAGUCAAAGCACUUCAUCUGAUAAUGUGUAUGAGAGUUGCAGAUAAAUGGAAAUUCCAUAAUGCAAAUAAUUCUGAAUAAGCUAAGUAGUUCAUAUUUUGAGAAAUUUAUUGUCUAUUUAUAAGGCAAAAGCACAUCCAUUUCAACCUAAGAAUUAAAAUGUCAUGUCCGCUUAAAAGAAGGUAAUCACUUGGUAAAUGUUCACUUGAGCAAAAGGAUAUUCUCACUUCCUCAAAAUACAGAUUUUAGAGCUGCACUGGCCAAUAAGUAGCCACAUGGAACUAUUUAAACAUAAGUUAAGACAUUCAAGUCUCCAGUCACACUAGUUACAUUUCAAGUGCUCAACAGCCACAUGUAGCUACUGGCUACCUUACUAGAUGGUGCGGAUGCAGAACAUUUCCAUCCUCUCAGAAGAUUCUACUGGACAGCACUGUCCUAGACCCCGGAAUUAACAAAUCUUGAGGGUUUGUUCCUGUGCCUUUAAAAUCCAACCACUCACAUAAUUUCCCCAUUUAAAAAAAAAAGAUUUAUUCAUUUAUUUAGAGAGCGAGCAAGAGCACACGGUGGGGAGGGGCAGAGGGAGAGGAAGUCUCAAGCGGACUCCACAAUGAGCGCAGAGCCCCAUGUGGGGGCUCGAUCUAACAGCCCAAAAUCACGACCAGAGCCAAAACCCAAGAGCCGGACAUUCAACCCACAGCGCAACCUAGGCACCCUCAUAACUUCAUUUUUAAAAUCAUACUGACACUAUUAAGGUAUAGUCUUGAUUAGGUAAUUUUUCUUUAACAUUUCUUUAAGUGUCAACAAGUAUCUAAUUAAAGUAUCUAUCCUAAAAUGAUCAUUAAAAAAGGGAUGGAAGAUCUUUACAAGCAAGAUACACAGAAGGAUGUUAAAGCCAGCAGUAGCUGAAUCUGAACUUUCCCACAAAUUUCCUUUGGCCCUACUCUGUGCUUCACUGUCUGCAGCUGAAAAGCUAAGUGUUUGCAGAUAAUUCCCUCAGAUUUCUCACCAGUGCUUGUGAAGUAUUUGCUCUCUACAGGAACUGUACUUCUACAAUCCAGAAGUCAAGUUUAAUUGUGAUUCUAUAUUGCUGUUAUUGAACUUGUUUAGGUUUGAUGCUUAUUUUUAACUUCUUGCUUUAUGUAAAACAGAAAUAAAAUGGCCAAAACACUGGCUAUCAGUCACAGUGA